GACGUCAAAGUGACUUCGACAAAGUGCUUCGCGGACAAAACGAACCACCAGCAGCAGUACCCCUGCGACGUCAUUGUCAGUAUCAAUGCCAAGGGGACUCCAAGCAUUGAGUUGAGGACAAUCUCCGAUUUGUCCUCGUCCAACCUUGACGGCACCAAAUACUCGGAUCCUGAUCGGCUGACUACCACUCUGACGCGUCACUAUGCCGCUGUGAUGGACAGUGACGGUACCUUGGGCCGAGUGCCCAGCAACGGGGGCCGUGGUUUGCGCCGUCAACGGUCCCUGGAAUGGCGAGAACGGCGCGGCUACGGAGCCAGUGUCCACUCCAGCAGCGACGAUGACGACAAUAAUCGCCACGCUGUCCCAACAUCCGUCUCAUCUCGCGGCGCAAGAAGCCCCGGCCACGUUUUUGCGUCCCUUCUGGCCCAGCAGUACUCCGGUACAAACGAUCGCACAUAUCACCGUGCAGUAUCAGACAAUGAGGGUGGAGUGACGUUAGAAAAUCAAACGACGGGAUUUCCAGCAUCAGUAGCAGUAGCAGGAUCAGUGCCGGGAGCGUUGACGCCAAAUCACCGGCAGGCUUCGCCAUUUCCCAUGGAAAGCACAAAUUCCCGGCGACAUCAUUACAACAACAGCGUGUCGUCGGAUCGAUCGCGAAACGUCGCCAACGGGGAGGUGAUUUACGCGGCGCCCAGCAAGAAAACGAGUUCAGGAUCAGGAUCAGUAGCCGGGGGCGGAAAUGCGAGCACUGGGAGCGUUAGCGGGGGAACUUUGGGCAGACGGUCACGUCGUGGCCAGCAUAACAGCGCUUUGAGCUCCAGCUCGACCGCCAGCGACCGCUCUGAGACCAUUUACAACGAGGAGCACUCUCACAUCCAUCUCAAUAAUGACAAUGGCCGAGACUCGCCACCCGAACCAGCGCCACCUGAAGUUCCGCCACGUGGUCCUUCUUUACUAGCGACUCAUACAAUUCGCGCCGUGCAGAACAGAAAUGGAUGUGCAGGAAAUACUAACUUUGCAUCGGAUGACGCUCAAUCGGAAGCUUAUUCGGAGUACUUGAUGUCAGGAAGUCCUAGAAGUUACCCGGCGCGAUCACCUGGAGUUGCUUCAACGCCAACAGUAACGAGACUCCCGCCUCCGCAGCAGCAGGUGACCGUCGGCUCCCUCGGAGGCAUGGUGGGCCCCGGAAACGGCACAGGCACCACUGGAGCCCAAGGGCAGCCUCUGGUGAUGCCCAGCUUUCCAGUUCGGGCGGCCGUGGGGCCUCACUACUCGCCGUACUCGCCAUCGAGGUUCCACAUUGACAAGCGAUGUCAGCACAGAUGCUCCUGGAAGUGUUUCUCCGUCGCACUGAUCUUACUCACCGUCGCUUUGACUGCGAUCUUGGCGUACUUUGCAGCUGUGAGCUCAAUGCGACCAAUAGACAACGCGAAUUGCAUUCUGGACCAAGAUUUGAAGACAGUGACCCAUGAGAACACAAAUAUUCACGAUUCGAUUUCUACUCAAUUGCCGACAGAAGAAUCUCUGCCGACAAGUACGGCCGAGCACUCGAGCGCAUCCGACAGCAGCAGUGGAGAGCAACAGAGUGACCCUCAGACCCAGCAAUCUGCCCAACAAUGGCCAGCAGUGUUGGAACUCAAGGCUUACGACGUCGCCCACUUCGCAACGAUUCUUCCGUACAACUUCUGGCAUUCCGAGUUCCGUAACAAGCAGGCGGCAUUCAUCAGACUUAACUUAACGCUGCCCUGGAGUGCUAACUUUGCCGUGUACGGACGCCGAAAUGUCGCGCCAAGUGUCACCCAGUACGACUUUGUUAAAUUCGUACGCGGAGGCCGCGUAGACCAGCGGUCCAAGCGACAAGUGAUCCCCGGCGCGGUCAGUUUUAUGGAGGAGUCAAUUAUGCACGAGGAAGUCCGCUCGGUCGACGAGCGUGCCAGUCCGGGUAAUCGGGAUAACAACGACGAUAUCGAUAACUACCCGCAUAUCUUGAUGAAGAGGCAAACACACGAGCCACUGUAUGUCAAUGUCAGUUUAUUACAGUACCUCGAUACCGGACGCUGGUUCCUAUCUGUUUAUAAUGAUGAGUUACGGCCGUACAAAGUUACGCUCGUUGUCACCGUAGCUGAGGGUGUUUCUACAACAUGUCCUAAUGAUUGCUCUGGACACGGCUCUUGUUAUCUCGGCAAAUGUGAUUGUGUUGACGGUUAUCAGGGAGCUGAUUGUAGCAAGAGCGUUUGUCCAGUGCUGUGCUCGUCUCACGGACAAUACGGAGGCGGGAUUUGUCACUGUGAAGAAGGGUGGAAGGGUUUAGAAUGUGACAUUCCACUGGGUGAUUGUCAGGUUCCUGAUUGCAAUUCACAUGGACAAUGUGUUAGAGGGUCUUGUGUCUGUAAUCCCGGAUGGAAGGGCGAGUUUUGCGGAGACCCGGAUUGUCGGGACCCCACGUGCAGCGGGCACGGAGCUUGUGUAGCGGGUAAAUGUUACUGCAAAGCGGGCUGGCAAGGAGAAAAAUGCGACCAAGUAGACCAGAGGAUUUACCAGUGUCUUCCGGGAUGCUCCGACCACGGCUCCUACGACCUCGAAACCGGGGCUUGCAUCUGCGAGGAGCACUGGACCGGCGGGGAUUGUUCUCAGUCGAGCUGCAGCCUGGACUGCGGACCUCACGGCUCCUGCGAGCAAGGCCUCUGCAAAUGCCACGACGGUUGGACGGGAACCAAAUGCGAUCAGAAGCCGUGCGACCCCCGUUGCGCGGAACACGGCCAGUGCAAAAACGGCACUUGUGUUUGCAGCCAAGGAUGGAACGGACGCCACUGUACUUUACCUGGGUGUGAGAAUGGGUGCAGCAGACACGGAAUUUGUACGCUUCAGAACGGAGAAUACAGCUGCGAGUGCUCUGCUGGCUGGGCUGGCAGAGACUGCAGUAUCGAGCUUGAGACUGAGUGCAAAGACGACAUAGACAAUAACAAUGACGGAAUGACGGACUGCUUUGACAGCGAGUGCUGCUCGCAACCAGCGUGCUCCAAACACCUGAUGUGUCUGGUGAGCAGCGACCCGGUGGAAGUUCUCCUUCGCAAACAACCACCGAGCGUGACUGCGUCCUUCUGGCUAAGGGUAAAGUUCCUCAUCGAGGAGAAAAGUGUCCAGAGUUACGUCCACGCUGACGAGUAUGAUGAAAGUGCGUUCUGGAGUUCCUUUACACCGGGUCGAGUCGCAGUGAUGCGGGGCCAAGUUGUUACGGAACAAGGACUUGGAAUAGUCGGAAUACGUGUAUCAGUCGACAGGACAUCACGAUUUGGAUUUACACUGACAAGAGCAGGCGGAUGGUUCGACAUUCUCGUGAAUGGUGGAGGAGCAGUGACACUUCAGUUCCAGCGCAACCCCUUUGAUCCACUCACCAGGACGGUAUUUGUGCCGUGGAAUCAAAUAGUUGUAUUACCACCGGUCGUAAUGACUUUGCCUCAGGAACGGAAAUCCCAUAAAUCAAAUCUGCCACCCAUUCCAGCUGUUGGAUUCCCAGGAUUCCCCGGACUGUCAAUGGGGCUGUUUGUCAGUAACGGAACUUUCCGAGAGCCCUGCAUGGAGCAUGACCACGAGACUCUCAGGCCGAUUAUAGUCGGGACUUGGAUGCCCGAAAAAGUCGGCGGGAUGCCUGGACGCAGUUUGGUUUUAGCCGAAACUCAGAUCGUCCAAGAAAGCAUCCCCAUCCCGGGCUCCAACGUCCACUUGAUGUACCAAAGCAGCCAAGCAGCAGGAUACCUCUCGACAGUCCGAAUGCAGCUGACAGGUCCAGUGAUUCCCGUAUCUCUAACCCACGUGCACGUUCACGUAGAAAUAGAAGGCUCGGUCCACACAAAAACCUACGAAGCGGAUCCCAACUUAACGCACACAUUCGCCUGGAACAAGCGUAACGUCUACAAGCAAAAAGUGUACGGCGUGGCCCAGGCGAGAGUCUCCGUCGGGUACCAGCACUCCAGCUGCCCCUCGAUAAUCUGGGAGACGCAGACCGCCACGCUCCAAGGCUUCGACGUUGACAUCUCUGAUAUCGGAGGCUGGGGACUGGACAUCCACCACCACUACAACUUCCACGAAGGUAUCCUCCAGAAGGGAGACGGCUCAACCCUCCACUUCAAGCAGUACCCCCGAACUGUCCAAGUAGUAAUGGGCACGGGAUCUCAACGCAGUUUAGUUUGCCAGAACUGCGACGGGCUGGCCAUUGACGCGCGACUGCUAACUCCAGUGGCACUGGCCAGCGGUCCGGAUGGGAGCAUAUACGUCGGCGACUUUAAUUUAGUCCGUCGUAUCACUCCCAAAGGAAAUGUCUACACAGUUCUCAUUCUAAGCGCGACGCAAGUCGCUUACCAGUACUACCUCUGCGUGUCUCCAGCUGAUGGGCAUCUUUACAUCAGCGACCCAGAGAAGCACCGGAUUUUAAGAGCCCUGUCCCUGGAAGAGGUCACUGACCCGAGCAUCAACAUCGAGCCGGUUGUAGGAAGCGGCGAGCGCUGCAUUCCAGGCGACGAAGGCCAUUGCGGCGACGGAGGUCCCGCGAUACUUGCUAAGCUGGCUCAUCCCAAGGGCAUCGCGAUCGCAGCUGACAAAACAAUGUACAUCGCGGACGGAACCAACAUCAGAGCGGUAGAUCCCGACGGGAUCAUUCACACGCUGGUUGGACACCACGGCCAUCACAACCACUGGUCCCCCGCUCCUUGCGUGGGCGCCAUUCCCGCCCACCAAGCCCAAUUGCAGUGGCCCACCGGCUUGACACUGAGCCCUCUUGACGGAACGCUCCACUUUAUCGACGACAGACUUGUUCUUAAGCUCACCAGCGACCUCAAGGUUCGCGUCGUCGCUGGAACCCCUCUGCACUGCACCAGCAGCGCUAAUACUCAAGAUCUGAAGAUCAACUCGACGAUCAGAGGCAACGGCAGCGGGGUGGGCUACAAGAAGUCCGACCAAGUGCUGGGCUCCGUUCUGGCGGUGAGUUUCAGUCCCUCAGGAGAGCUCUACAUUGCUGACAGCGACUCCCAUCGGGUUAAUUCCAUCCGAGUUGUUGAUUCUUCCGGGAAAAUGUCUCACUACGCUGGUAGAUUGCAAGAACGGCUUCGUGAUCAAUGCGAAUGCAGUAAUGUCACCAAGAAUCUCAACAUCUGUCCUUGUAAUGAAGACACCAGCAGCACGGAGACUCUCCUGUCUUCUAAUACUAAAUUUACGGCGAUUUCUGCGCUAGCAGUCACGCCGGAUGGAGUUCUGCAUGUUGCUGAUCAAGGGAAUCUCCAUAUUUUGGCGCUAAAGCCUUAUUUACCGAAUUUGGUCGAGCCUGGGGAGUUCCAGAUUCCUUACCCUCCGUCGAAUGAAAUCUAUGUCUUUAAUAGAUACGGGCAGCAUGUCGCUACCAAGGAUCUGACCACUGGAACCACCAGGUAUUCAUUUUUGUACUCCAAGAACACCAGUUUUGGUAAGUUAUCUACGGUAACUGAUAGCGCUGGAAACAAGAUCACCUUCCUGAGAGAUUACAGCGGUGUGGUGAGUUCUAUUGAAAACACCCAGGACCACAAAUCCGAGCUGAAGAUAUCUGGAAUAGGCUUCUUGGUGAAGCUGACGGAAACUGGAAGGUCAGAAAUUUCGCUGGACUACGACAGCGAAACUGGAUUGUUGACCAGCCGAUGUGGAGGUGGUGAAACUUAUGUUUACAAUUACGACACACUGGGGCGAGUAGCUAACAUAAUUCUUCCGACAGGUGAGAAUAUUAAACUAACGUCAGGGUUAGCAGAUAAUGAAGCUCUUUCCGUUAAGGUAGAGGCUCCCUUGCAGGCUUUAGCCAAGACAAAUAAGAACCGUGUUAUUGAGUUUAAAAUGCACAAAGACCGCUCGAAUUUAUUGACGAUAACAGACGCGGCAAAGGUCCACCGGGCAACCUCUUUCCCUAACAAUAAUAGUCUUGAAGUUAUUCUGCCUAGCGGCGGGCGUAUACUCACAGCAGCAACAACAAAGCACCCGCUGCUGGAGGCUGCUCUGCCCGUUGAAGCCGAAAUGCUUCCUAUGUGGAGCUACCAGGUGCUUACACUCGGUGAAUUAAUAAAUACUAUGACAACAACGUAUAAUCUAGUAGGAGAUGUAAGUCAUCCACAGCAGACUUUGAAUCGCGAAAUAUGGGUCAAUGAGUCUCGAGUAAUCGGCGUUAAAUUUGAGCAGUUACUCAGACGUGAAACCUUCUACGUUAACCCGUCUAACCCAUUGUUGAACGUCACCUUUGAUUUAGCGGGCUUGCCGCUCAGUUGGCAGCCCCAAUACGGCCACUGUCUCAAUAUUACCUACGACAGGUUCAACCGAAUUCAAACCUGGCAAUGGGGCGCUUCUAAUGAGUCUUACAAUUACGAUAGACGCGGUCAAUUGUCCGAGGUGACCAAUUCUCAAGACGGAACCAAGCGCUACUCCUACAACAACUUCAACGGGCUCAGCAAAAUAACUCUAGCAAGCAACAGAGAAUUUUCAUUAGAGUACGACGAAAAUGGAGGACUCAGGCAUAUUACUUUGCCAUCGGGAACUCAGCACUCGUUCUCCUGCCAGGCUUCUCUGGGAUUCUUGAGAGUGACCUACACGCCUCCUGGAAGCACCCGGUCGUACUUGCAGCACUACAGCCACGAGGGUAACCUCCUGCAGACUGUUUUUCCGGGCGACGGCGCGAGAAUUGUCUACCGCUACCAUCCCUGGGGCCAAUUAUCGGAGAUAGUCCACGGGGAUGGUAAAAGCGAGAUCCGCUACACCGAAAGCGGGCUUCCUUCUGAAGUUAUCCACACGGAAAAGGACGUGGAGUAUCGCUGGGACUACCAGUACAGCGCAGGGCUGCUAAUUGAAGAACGAAUUGACUUUGAAGCCAAAACAGGACUAAGCAACGCCAAGUUUACAUUCGAUUAUGACGCAAACUACCGGCUGAUUGCGGUCCAGGGCAGAAUUGGUGGGCAGACUUUGCCAGCUCACACAAUGGCGUACAGCCCCAAGACCGGAGCGCUUGAGCAGAUCGGCCAGUUCAAGGUCACUCGACCGGCGGCCAAUGAAACGAUUGUUUACGACGGUACUGCUGUAUUUUCCCGCGUUACGGACAAAUACUUCCUGGAGACUCAGGUGAAGGUCACUAUUCAUGGGCUGGUUGUCUUCAGGAUGGAGUUCACCCAUGAUUCCAAGGGCAGGAUCAACCAAACGCGGACAGACACCAGCAAUGUCGGCGUCAAUACUUAUACUAACGUCAAAAAUUACACUUGGGACUCUGAUGGCCAGCUGACGGGCAUCGACGCUCAAGAGCCUUGGGGCUUCCGUUAUGACGGCAAUGGAAACAUGCUCUCGCUGACCUACCGGGGCAACACCAUCCCCAUGGAGUACAAUAAUUUGGAUAGAAUUGUUAAAUUUGGCGACGGGUUGUAUAAGUAUGACAAUCGGGGACAGGUUAUCCAAAACGCUAGGGAAGAAAGGUUCAAUUACAACGCCAAGGGACUCUUGAUAAGAGCCACCAAAAAGGGUAGAUUUGAUGUAAGGUAUUACUACGACCAUCUGGACAGAUUGGCCACACGAAAAGAUAAUUACGGCAAUGUCACCCAGUUCUUUUAUAACAAUCAAAAGCGCCCCCAUGAAGUCAGCCAGAUUUACAGCCCUCGGGACGGAAAAGUUAUGUCGCUUAUUUAUGAUGAUCGUGGUCAUUUGAUUUACGCUCAAAUAUAUCGGCAUAAAUAUUAUAUUGCUACCGAUCAAUGUGGUACGCCUAUUAUGAUUUUUAAUCAGUACGGCGAGGGGAUUAGAGAGCUUAUGAGAUCUCCGUAUGGGCAUAUUGUUUACGAUUCUAAUCCUUAUCUUUAUUUGCCGGUCGACUAUUGUGGAGGGCUUUUGGAUAAGGUUACUUCGCUGGUCCACAUGCCGAACGGCAAAGUUUAUGAUCCGCUGAUCGGCCAAUGGAUGUCGCCACUGUGGGAAAACGUUCUCGAGCGAGUAGCGACACCAACUCACCUUCAUUUAUACAGGUUCAAUGGCAAUGAUCCAAUCGACGUUAGACAUGCGCGAGAACGGAACCAACCGACAGAUCACAUAUCAUGGCUAAACUUACUGGGCUACGACCUGAAGAGCCUGGCGCCACAGCUGUUCCCGGAACAAUUGCCCGACGACCAAGUUCCACCUUCCCUGAACCCCCAAGCUUUGAUAUUCGGCGGUAAAAAGAAGACCCGUAACCUGGGUGUCCAAUCAGGAUUCUUAGCGCACAUUGCUCAACGUCAUUCCGGCGACGCGGCGUCUUUACUAGCGCCACCUAGGUCUGCGCUGAAGAAAGACCCAAGUGAGCUAAUUCCUUCGAGGUUAGGCGCGGCUUCAGAUCCGCCAUUCGGCCAAGGGAUUCUCGUUUCACGAACAGCUGAUGGUAAAGCAGUUGUUUCUUCUGUACCGGCUGCCAACCAAAUUUACAGGGACGUUUUUACGACAGUGUUCAACCGAUCUUACUUCUUGCCGUUCAGUUUUGUGGUACACAGCGCGCAACAGGACGCGUUUUACUUUGUCAAAGAAGAAACAUGGAAGUCUAAUGACGACCGCGGACAAUUGAAGCGUCUUGGCGGGAAAGUUAAUGUAACUUUUCAUGAAAAUGAAAAUGGAAGUGGCAGCACUGUCGACGUUAAAAUUCACGGCGCUAGUUAUGUUGUUAACUUGCGAUACGGAACUACAGCUGAGAAAGAAAAGCAAAGACUUCUUCAUCACGCGAAGAUGACUGCGAUACGCAAAGCUUGGCACAGAGAGCGCGAAGCGCUGAAGGUUAACACUCCGACCUCCAUUGAGUGGAUGGUUACGGAGCAAGAUGAGAUUUUGAAGGAUGGAUCCGCUUCUAAUUAUGAUGGAGAGUACAUUCAUGACGCACAAUUGUACCCAGAGUUAGCGGAGGAUCCUUAUAAUAUUAGAUUCGUCAAGAAGAUAACAGACUCGUCGAGUAAAAAGCGACGCAGGAGGAGAGGAACCUCAACUGUUUGCAAAUAUUGGCGACUUGAUGGAUUAUGCUAAAUAAUAUAGUAAUUUAAUGAUUAAUUAUUAAGAAUUAAAUGCAGAAUGCACAUCAACUAUCAAAAUGUUUUGUACCAAAGUCUAUUUGUGUAUUUCACAGAUGCCAAAACAAUUAAUCGAUUAAUUAUAAAUAAUUAUUAAGCCGUAGAGAGUUAGGUUGAGUAUGUGGGUGAUUGUGGUUAAUAUAAUAAUAAUUUAUUUAUAGAAUUAAUAAUAAUGGUGUGAAGAAAUAAACUUUUGUGACGAAUAAUCGUACAGUUGCCGGCAAACUAUAUCAUGUUACGGCCGUUAUAGCUUCUGUGCGAUAGCUUUGCGUUUUAAUAACGCGACUUACCGAUAAUUAUAAUUAAAGUACUAUUUGUCGAUGAGAUUUAUCAACCGCGUGGAUAUCCUAGUCAAUAAAAUUAGCUAAACACCCUCACGGUUUUGGAAAUACCGCAAAGAUUCGGUAUUUAUACGAUAUAAAUGCUGUAUUUUUACCGUAAUACUUCAGCUAUUUUAGCCAGUUUUUUUGCCGAAUUAUUACGAAAUAAAUUCAGAAUAUUUACGGCAAUACAAUAGAAAAAUUACGGUAUAUUAACAGCAUUUGAACCGUAUAUUUUUACUGUAUAUCUGCGACACUAUUGCAACAAAAAACCGGAAAAGAAGAUCCCUACUUUCUAUUACCGGUAAAAUACCAAAAAUAUGCUGGUUUACCCUGAUAGCCACGCCUUAAUUAAAAGUAGUUGGAUUUCAGCAGUUACAGUUAACUUGACAUCAAGUUUGCCGUAAAUUUUUACAGCACAACAGUUUGUACACAAAUUGACUAAAAUCUACAGCCCCAAUUUGAAUACAAGUUAACACCGAACUUUUGGUUAAAUUGUACUACAAUUUUACUACAAAUUGAAUAAAAUACUUGUACUGCAAGUCUUGACGUCAAAUUGCAGUGUAACUUGUAGACAACUUAAGUAAAAACGUUUGGUUUAAAACUUUUUUCAAUUUUUCAUCAAGUUGGCUACAAAUUUCGGCAGUAGAUUGAAUAAAAGUUUGAGUUAAGGUGGCUAUCAGUGUACUAAUAUUUUUCAAUAGCUUAAAAUUUUUUUUUAUAAUAUAAAUUAUCAUGAAUAAUUUUUAAGAGGU